GUUCAUAUCGCCGCUGCAUGUGGGAGCAAUCGAAAUUCCUGCCACGCCGUUUAGUGCUACUCAGCUUGUGUGCGAAUUUGUUUUGUGAGAAUAAUCAAGUCGUACAACGUUCCAGGUCUAUUUUUGUAGUGGAAAAGAUGUCUAGACCCAACGACUGUAUGGAUAUACUACCCGAGCAAUGCGAGCAAGGUGACGAGGAAGAGCUGAUGUAUAAACCCUUUCCGGAUUGCUGUCCAGUCUAUUGCAAUCUCAAGCGUCGCAUGCAGCGCUUGAAGACAAUGCAUUAUCGGCAUCGUAAGCUAUUGAAUUUUCAACAUCAACAAGCACAGUCAGAUAUCCUAUUAGGCAACUAUAAUGUGGAGGAUCUAAGCUUUAGAUAAGCCUGAAAGCAUUAGAACAAUGAGCGUAGCGCAUCUUCUAACGUUGCGAAAAGUGAUGUGGCUGCCAGUUAAGUUGGCAAUGAGUUAUGCAUGUGUAUUUGUUGCUUUAUUGGAAGCGCAUUUUAAUUAAAUGCAAGCCAAAUAAAAAAUAAAAAAUCGUA